GGCAAGACGACCACGGCGCGUCGGAUGGGUCAGGUUUACUACGAUAUGGGCUUCCUCUCAUCCGCAGAAGUCAUCGAGUGCUCCGCGUCCGACCUGGUAGGACAAUACGUCGGACAUACAGGGCCGAAGACGAAGCAGGUCUUUGAACGAGCUCUGGGCAAGGUUCUUUUUAUCGACAAGGCGUAUCGUCUUAGCGAGGGCGCGUACGCAAAAGAGGCAGUCGAUGAACUCGUCGGGAUCCUCACGCAGGAGGCUUUCGUCGAAGAACUAAUCGUCAUUAUCGCCGGAUACGGCAAAGAGAUCAACACGCCGCUAGCUGCGAACCCCGGACUUGCGAGUCGAUUCCCUGAGGAGAUACACUUCGACAACAUGUCACCAGAGCACUGUCUCGGGGUAUUGGGGAAGGGCCUCGCGAAGGACGAUAUCGAAUGCGCGGCGUUUGGGGCGACAAGCUCGGACAAGUACAAGCAGAUGUUGUCGCUGAUCGCGCAGCUUUCUUCGCUGGAGUCGUGGGGUAACGCACGGGACGUUAAAACACUCGGGAAGCAGAUGGUGCGACUUGCAUUCAAACGCGCUGUAGAC